GGGUUCAGCUCACUGUUGUGACAUCAUAAUGGAGAUUCCGUUCUGGCAGCUCUAAACUGCUGUUCUGACUAACUGUCUUCUGUUGGUGUGUUAGGAGAGAAAAGAUCGAGAGCUACUUUCGUGACUUUCUGCAGAUAUUGACGACAAAUACUGAAUUCACUUGCAGCAUCCAGUGUCCACAAUGGCACUGUUCAGCAGUGUAUUUAGACCACUUUUUGAGUGUUUUGGUCACUUCUUUCGUAGAAGGGAGACACCUUUGAGGGCUCAGCAAUGUGCAGCACAAAAACGGGCGGCACUAGAGAAACUUCCAGAGGCAUCGUUGACUAAGGCAGGUGAGAGUGAGGCCUUCGACUUCACUGCCAAAAACAGGAAGAGCAGGAGGAGAUGCCGCAAGUAUGGAGAGAAAGAGAAGGAAAGACAGGUGAAGAGAAAGGUGAAUAAGGAGAAUGAGAUGAAUGAGGGAGAAAGUCAUAAAGAGAAGGCAGAAAAAGAAAGUGAAACACUUAGCCUUGAAAAGAUAAAGGACAGAAGACAUGUGCUGCAGAAAAAAAGAGAGUCUGCCAAAUUCCGAGAGAUGCAGAGUCUAGAAAAUGUGAUGGAGGGAGGAAGUAAGCAAAGAGAGGCUGGAGAAAUAAUAAAGAAGGACAAAAACCAGAAGGAAAGAAAGACCACUGAGCCUACUCCACUUCUUGUGGAGGUCAAACCUCAGCAAACUCUAGUCAGUCCUCCAGUGAGAUCUUCCUUCUUGAAGCCAAUAGAAGGAGAAUUUCCAGUGCUUCCAAGUGUCUCUGAAGACCUUCCUUUACCAGCUGCUCGCUUCAAACCCUUGCCGCCAGUGACCAGACCGCCCAUGCAUCCUCAAAAGCCAGAUCCUGCACCAGAGGAAGUGUCCUUGCCAUGUUCUCCUCUUCAGGUGGAUCCUCCCAAACCGUUGGCAGCACCAAAGGAAGUGUCCUUGCCAUGUUCUCCUCUUCAAGUGGAUCCUCCCAAACCAUUGGCAGCACCAAAGGAAGUGUCCUUGCCAUGUUCUCCUCUUCGAGUGGAUCCUCCCAAACCGUUGGCAAUUCCUCCACAUCCCACUCCAGCACCUGAUGAGCUGUUUUCCCUCCGAUGCUCCCAAGUCAGUCCUCCAAAACAACUGAUGGUUUCUCUGAGCUCCUCUCCUGUAUCUGAUGAAGUUGUUGAUCUGCAACGUUCUUCAACUCAAGUGUGUCCUCCCAGCCUGAUGAAGGCUCAGCCGUCCACUUCUUCCCUGUUUGAGCCGCCUCCACAACUCAUGCUCAUCGACAUAGAGGAUGAGGAGACCGAGUAUGUGGAGUACACGGGGAAGACCAUUCGGGCCUGUGACUUACCCAAGUCUGAACUCCCCCGACCUCUGCAGGCUGAAAUGAAACCAAGACGGAUGGUUGCUUGGUUAGAGAGUGACUGCGAGGUGCUGAAGGAAGUGUGGUCGAGUGAAGUGGUGGAGGUCCAGGGAUUUGAGAAAGAUGACUCCAAAGAAGUGGGAGACUCCAAAGCCAUUCAAGGCCAUACGGCUGUCGCUUCUAAGAAAAAGGAGGAGUUGGAUGACCACAUGGUGAAGCUGUUCUGUGUAACCUCUUCUGAAGGUCCCAAAAAUGAGACCCAGCAAAAAGUGAACAUCCAGGAAGAGCAAACAAGCAAAAGAAAAGUGGCACUUGUUCUGUUCACCUGGGUAGAGGAUAAAAUCAAGAAAAAGGAGGACCAGAAAAUACUGAAGGAGAAGGAGCAAAGAGAAAAAAGGUUGCUACUUUCACGCUACAGGAACGAUCCAAAACUGAAGCACUUGUUUAUCAACAAGCACAACUGCAGCUACUGCUCCUCUGAGUGAAGAUCAGGGUCUCCAAAAUGCCCCACUUCACCUUUAACUUAAUAAACAUUUCUGUGUACAAAUAAAAUAAAAUAAAAAACUGU